AUGUCUGAAGGGCGUUUGGGAGGCCAAGCCAAGAGUGGAUCGGUAGGAUCUUCACGGGACUCCACAUGGCGGGAAAGAAAGCAGAAAAUGCAUGAGGAUAGGGAGCGUGGGCAAGGAGAAGAAGAAUCUGGCCUAGGGGAAGGAUUGGUGAGGGAUCUGGAGUUGGAGGCAAAGGGUUGGCGCCAAAGAAGGGACCGAGACAACCGAGAAAGGAGGGAUGAUAGUGUGGGAAGUCGAGGCGAAGAAAGCUCUAGCCAGUCCGGUCCCCAAAAAUUCCGGGAUAGAUAUGACGACCGUGAUUCGAAUUCCCCGGAGGAACAACAACCCUACAAUGCUGCCAUGGACGAAAUGAGCCAGGCCUUACAAAGAGCUGCUCGGUCUCCAUUCUCAAAUGAAAUUGAACAGGCCCCUAUGCCGAGCCAAUUUACACGGCCGCCAUUUAAUUCCUACGAUGGGAAGACGGACCCUGUGGAGCACAUCAGUCAUUAUAUCCAUAUGAUGUCCUUACAUGCACACAAUGAUGCGCUGAUGUGUAAGGUGUUCCUCUCUAGUCUCAGCUCCACGGCCUUGAGAUGGUUUAACGGAUUAUGGAAAGGUUCCAUUCGCAGCUUCGCUGAGCUGAUCUAG